AUGCUUAUGAACGUCAUGUUGCAUGCGCUUAAGAAAAGUAAGCCGCAAAAAAGAGGAACGAACUUGAGAGAAUAUUUUGUCGCCGAUGUAGAUGUGGUUCUUAAUAACGAUGUUAAAACAUCAAUAAAGCGUAUCUUGUUCGCUGCUGUAUCGCCCUACUUUCAAGCUGCAUUUUACAGUUGUUUCAGCAGUGGGCGAACAAGAACUAUACAUCUCGAAAAUAUAGAUUCAGAUGCAUUUAUAAAAUGCCAUGAUCUGUUGUUAAACUUGCUUAGCAAAGAAAUUGCCUUACCAUGGACGCUUACAUUGUCGUCAGCGAUGAAAAUGUUAGAUGUUGCGUCAUAUUUAUUGAUAGACCCCUUGCUAGAUUACUUAUCUAAAAGAAUUGAGUCUUUGGUGGACUAUAACACUAUUGUACCGCUUCUUCGAUUUGCUGAGCGGAGACAUCUCCCUCUAGCUAGGAGACUUUGGGAAAUGAUUUUGCAUAACUUCGACAAACUAUAUGAAUGCAAAUCGUUCAUUGCGUUGACAGAAGACGAAAUGUUGGAGCUUUUACAAGACUAUCGUACCAACAUUACUCGGUACGAAGAAAAAGCCAUAAUUAAGGAAUGGUUAUUUCGUAAUAUGUCAAGUCGUGAUGCUGCAGAUCCGAAUUCAUUGCGUGCUUGGUUAGCUCAUCAUAUCAGUAUCGCUGGAAUUGCUUUGUCUCGGAGAAUUCCUCACAAGAUUCUUUUAGCUACAGGCGGAUUUGCUAAUGAUGCUACCGACGUAGUUGAAAUUUUUGACAUCAACUGCUGUCGGUGGUAUUCUUCAAAUUUUCGUUUACGGAAGAACAUUGCUUAUCAUCAGUCAAUAAUUGCUGGUUGCAGCCUAUAUACCGUAGGUGGUUGCGACGGUUCUGAAUAUCGAAAUGGAACAGUGAAAUAUGAUUUCUCUAACUUCGAAGCAACUAAAGUGGGAUGUAUGCAUAGUCGACGGUGCUAUUUAUCUUGUGGCCUACUUUCUCAGAACAGUAUCAUUGCUGUUGGUGGUCAUGACGGUUUUCUAAGGCAAAAAACUGCUGAGAUUUUUCACAUUUCCUCUAACCAAUGGACGCUGACGAACGAUAUGAAGAGGCGAAGAAGUGAUGGAAGUUGCGUUAUCCUAAACGGUGUCACGUAUAUAAUUGGUGGUUUUGAUGGUAGUAGUUGUCUUGACUCAUUGGAGUUCUACGACCACAUCCAGAAUCGAUGGAACUCUGUCAGAAAACCAAUGAACGAACCAAGAUCAGGUCUUGGAGCUGUCAGUUUAGCAAAUGCUUUAUUUGUUUGUGGCGGUUUUGACAGGAGGCGGCGACUAGGUACAAGCAUUUUGUACGAUCCAAGGGAAGGUCGCUGGCACAGCUUAGCUGAGAUGAGAGUCGGACGUUCCAACUUUGGCAUCGAACUGUUGAACAACCAGGUGGUUGUUGCUGGUGGUUAUACUCGAGACAAGUGGGGAGCGGGUGUCAUGAAUGUUUGCGAAGCUUAUGAUAUUCGAGCUAACGGUUGGAUAGAACUUCCACCGUUGAACCAGUCAAAAUCAGCGUUACGGAUCUCAUUUGUUGAUGAUUUCGAUACAAUCAUGCAGUUGUACAAAACAGUCGAAGAUGAAAAUUUUAGUUCAGGAUUUCAGUGA